CAACGACCACCAAGUUCGCGAUCCGGCCAAAUCAGUCAAAAUGAUGGUCAACGUUCCGAAAACCCGCCGGACUUACUGCAAGGGCAAGGAGUGCAAGAAGCACACCCAGCACAAGGUCACCCAGUACAAGGCUGGCAAGGCCUCCCUGUUUGCCCAGGGUAAGCGUCGUUAUGAUCGGAAGCAGAGCGGUUACGGUGGUCAGACCAAGCCCGUCUUCCACAAGAAGGCCAAGACCACCAAGAAGAUCGUCCUCCGUCUUGAGUGCACUGCUUGCAAGCAGAAGAAGCAGCUCUCCCUGAAGCGCUGCAAGCACUUCGAGCUUGGUGGUGACAAGAAGACCAAGGGUGCUGCUCUUGUCUUCUAAAUUUGCGAUUUUCUUGUUCGGCUCUGGGUUUCCUGCAUUGC